ACACAGACAUGGUCUGGGCAGAGCCUGGUGAGAGCAGUACUCCUAUUGGUUGGAGACGGCGCCGCAGAGCGGCACGUACACACUGGAGAGGCGUGGCACCAGCGGCCGUUGAAAAAUGGCGACUGUUACUGAGCUGAAAGCUGUUUUAAAGGACACCUUGGAAAAAAGGGGAGUGUUAAGACAUUUAAAAGCAAGGAUCCGUGCUGAAGUUUUCAAUGCUCUGGAUGAUGAUCGUGAACCCCGACCAUUGUUGUCUCAUGAGAACCUUCUAAUUAAUGAAUUAAUUAGGGAGUAUUUGGAAUUCAACAAAUAUAAAUACACAGCCUCUGUCCUCAUAGCAGAAUCUGGUCAACCUGUAGUUCCAUUGGACAGACAGUUUCUCAUCCGUGAACUAAAUGCCUUUGAAGAAUCAAAGGAUAACUCAAUCCCAUUUCUUGCGUGGUCCUCCAGACGGAGCCCAGAAUGUGCUUCUGACAGAAUCAACACUGCACCCUGCAAACAAGCAUGUCAGCUGGAAGCCCAGCAGAAGACCAGAUGAUGACCACCUGAAGAAGGACACAGGGCCAAGAACCAUGACUGAAGAGCUUCAUGCUGCUGCACAGGCAGUCAUUAGAUGAUGUGUACACCAGGCUCUUCACCUCGGCUGUGUGUGGAGUAACUAACUUAUUCCCAGUGCCAUCAAUUAGACCACCACUGUCUGUAAAUGUUUGAAUGUCUACAAACAUUCAGCCACUCGUGGUUUACUGCAUCUGUAGAAUACUGAUCUGUCAUCUAGUUUGCUGGAUGCCACUGGGGGAAAUUUAUUGUUUUCAGGAUGUAUUUUUAAAGUUCUCAUUUGUGAAAUCUGAAAGGUCUUUUUAGUACUUUGCAUAGUUUGUUUUUUUUAAGGCCAGCUCUAAGUGCUGUUGACGUGCCACUGGUAAAGCACUCACCUCCCAUGUGCAAGGGCCUGGGUUCAGUCCUAGCACCGGAAAAAGAAAACACAAGAACAGCUCUUUGUCCAUAUGCUCUAAUCAUUAAACUUUUUCUAGCUAGAAUUAUAUGGACCUAUAGGGAAAGUCAUUCAUGUUUUGAAAAAAUAUUUAAAGGGGCAUUAAAACCAGAACUUAAUUCCUAUAAAGUUUGAUUUUUUUUUUUAAAUCUGAAUUACUGUCUGCCCUGGCUAGUUUUAUGUCAACUUGAUACAAGCUAGAUUCAUUUGGGAAGAGGGACUCUAAAUUGAGAAAAUCGCUCCAUCAGAUUGGCUUAUGGGCAAACCUAUAGUAUAUUUUUUUUUAAAUUAAUGAUCAAUGUGGAAGGGUCCAGCCCACUGUGGGUGGUGUCACCCUUGGGGAGGCAAUCCUGGGUUCAGUAAGAAAGACUGAGCAAGCCGUGGGGAGCAAAUCAAUACAUAGCACUCCUCUGUGACCCCAGCAUUAGCUUCUGCCCUGUUUUCUCUCAGUGAUGAACUGUGAUGUUGAACUGUAAGCUGAAAUAAACCCUCUCCUUCCCAA